AUGGCGGCGUUGCGAGCGCUGCGGAGGCUCGGGGCCAGCCUGGUUCCGCGCUGCCCUGGCCGCUGCGGCCCCCUCAUCUCGCUCCGGGCGGGCUGGUCGCAAGCAGCCUCGACCAGGAGCCUGGGCACCAGCGCGCUGCUGUUCUCGGCCCGCAAAUUCACAGACAAGCACGAGUGGAUAUCAGUUGAAAAUGGUAUUGGGACUGUAGGAAUCAGCAAUUUUGCACAGGAAGCAUUAGGAGACAUCGUUUAUUGUAGUCUUCCAGAAAUUGGGACAAAGUUGAACAAACAGGAUGAGUUUGGUGCUCUGGAAAGUGUGAAGGCUGCUAGUGAACUCUAUUCUCCUCUCACGGGAGAAGUAACUGAAAUUAAUGCCACCCUUGCAGAUAAUCCAGGACUCGUCAAUAAAUCUUGUUAUGAAGAUGGUUGGCUUAUCAAGAUGACUGUGGACAACCCUUCAGAACUUAAUGAACUGAUGAAUGAGGACGCGUAUGAGAAAUUUAUAAAAUCCAUUGAGGACUGACCUGGAAUGCUAAAAUAAACCACUACAAAACACUUACAUCAGCAUAGUUUGUCAUAGAUUAGUGGUGUACAGAAGGUCUGACAUUGGGCAGCUUGAAAAAAUUGCAUAUUCCAGAAAUUUUGGAUAACAUUUCAAGACAAAUAUGCUGCCUCUGAAUCGUGUUGUACUAAAGAGCAAUCCUGUGACAAUCAGAGAUUGCAGAUAGGAAAAAAAAAUGCUUAACAUUUGCUCCCUUUUGCUAGUGAUUUUUUUAGCCUAUUAAACUUAAUUAUGUAAUUUUCAAAGUUUGGAAUGUCAUCUAGAGUAAAAUAAAUUUAGAUCCUAAAAAUAUACACUUACAAAGUGUAGCACUGUAACAUGCAACAGUCUUAACAGCAGCAUGGUAACUGUGUUAGCUCUGUAAAUGUAUUUGAACAGCUAACAGGUUGUUGUGAUGCAACUUUUGUAUCAGGUUUCAGGUGUGCAUAGCAAUAUAAUCUUUAAAAAGUUUAGUUUAGUUAAAAUUUUCUACAGAUAAGGCUACAGCCUUGCAGCAGACUAGAUAACAGAAAAUAAAAAAAAACUGACUUUACCAC